AACCCAUGUUAAGGGCAUGGCCUUUUACACGUCCAGGGUGCUAGAUGCACUAUGUUUCUCUAGGACUAUACAUUACAGUCAGACCAGGGAGAUUCUCCAAAAGGCGGCGGUAAUCGGACUUGAUACCAAACAACGCCAGCGGGAAAUUGCUUAUCGAGUAUAGGGCCGAUAUUAGCAUCUUCAAAUUCGCCAACAAGUAUCAAACUGAGUGUUCAACCUGUCUUGCGAGCAGUAGACCCAUCCCACAGGCUAAGGUGAUCCGCUCGCAAGGGGUGGUCUGGUCUCUGAUGAUGCUCGAAACUGCAACAGCCGUUAUGUCCCGAGCCUGACAUGAGGAGUACAGCAGCGAAAAGGGUUGAUCCAGGGAAGGACUUAUAUACAGCUCCUAUCUAUAUGGGGUUGGCUUGGGCUAUAGUUUUAGUUAUAAUUUUAUUGUAUAUAUAUGUGUAAUUUGUAACAUCAUAUCUAUACAAUAAACGGAUCAUGGACUACAGAGGUGACUGGAUGAACGACACCAGGGGGACCCUGAUGAUGGUAGCCAGCAUCAUCGCCACCGUCACCCUCCAGGCAGGGAUUGUGCCCCCGGGCGGCAUGUGGCAGCAGGACAUUCAUGAAGGCUUGCAAUGCAGCAGCAAGAAUAUCUGUUACGCUGGGGAGGCGGUGCUUACUUACUACUACCCUAUCGACUUCAUGUACUUCUUGAUAUGCGACAUGAUCUCAUUCUUGGGGUCACUUGCGGUGAUACUUCUGCUCAUCUGCGGGUUUCCAAUCAGCAAUAAAUUCUGCCUAUGGCUUUUAUCACUAGCCAUGUCCGUCACUGUCUCCUCCUUCGGCCCCACCUUCUUCAAUGCCGUUUGGCAGUCACUUGCCACACCUCUACAACGAGCUCAGGUUUUCUUUAAUCAUCGUGUGGACGGUGAUAAUAGGCAUUGUCGGCCUCAGCCUUCUCAUUCAUCUGUCUUCUUGGCUGCGAGGCUCCAAGUGCAAAUCUGUCUGGAGGAGAUUACCCCGACUCGGCCACAACAAGUUCAAACUUGCAGUAAUUCCUUACGCUCACUGGAAAAGGGGUUGAGCCAAUACCAGUAGCCGGUGCUAGCCAGCGAAAAUUCGUUAUAAUGUGGAGUAUCUAUAGUGGAACUACCUAGAGAAAAUUACACUGUAUGCUAUACCCUGCCUUCGAUGUUAUUCUCAACUCUAGCACAUCCUUUGAAAGUUACUAAGAAAGCUUAUGUACAUUUUAUUUUUGUUCCAAUUCUAGUCCACCAUCAGUUUUCUGUCUAA